ACUUCGUUGCUCUUCGCCGUCUUUACGACCGCUGUGACGGCCUACCAGCCCAAUCUGACACCCGAGCAAGAGGCCCUGCUUAACGACUCAUACUAUCAGAACCACCGUAUCCAAUGGUAUCUUGGUUAUGUCUGGGCGGCGACCGUGGCAGCCAUCUUCACUUACCGCGUCACGGUCACUGCAUUGCGAUAUGUACGAACGCUGGCAUGUUUGGAAAACGAGAAGCAGCACUACUUUGUCAACCCUCACCCCGGCUGGGCUGGUUUAAGGCGCAACAUCAUCGAUGCUCCCCUUUUCCGCAGAAGACACAAUCGCGAGUUCAAGCUCUCGGCUGCAGCCAGCAUGGGAACGUUGCCUGGCAGACUCCAAACCAUGUAUCUCAUUGGCUAUCUAGCAAUGAACAUUGCUNUUUGCGUCGUGAGCAUUCAUUGGAGCGGCGGCGAUAUUGCUACCGAAAUCAGAAAUCGCACCGGCGUAUUGUCAGUGAUGAACAUGCUGCCCCUGUUCCUGCUCGCCGGUCGCAACAACCCACUGAUCAAAUUGCUCGACAUGUCAUUCGACACUUACAACCUCAUGCACCGCUGGAUUGGCCGUAUCGUGGUUCUCGAAGCAGUGGCUCAUACUGCUGCAUGGAUGGCAAGCAAGAUCAUGACCGGUAUGUUCAGUCAACUUAUCCUGACUGGCACAAUUGCUACUUGCGCCUUCAUCGCCCUGUUGCUUCACUCGCCUUCAGUCGUUCGUCAUGCGUUCUACGAGACCUUCCUGCACGUCCAUAUCGUCUUGGCAAUCAUUUCCAUCGUCACUAUCUGGAUCCAUCUCAAGACACUCCCUCAGCAAAUAUUGAUCCUCGGUGUCGUUGUCAUCUGGGUCUUUGAACGUACUGCGCGUGUCGCCAUCUUGAUUCGUCACAAUGUCGGUCGGGGCGGUACUCGAGCUGAAAUUGAGGCUCUAGCCGGAGAAGCCAUCAGGGUCACUAUUCGCAUGGCACGUCCCUGGAAGUUCCGUGCUGGUCAACACCUUUAUCUGUAUCUGCCUGCGGUUGGCAUGUGGACAAGUCAUCCGUUCACCAUCGCUUGGAAUCAAGAGGAACAGGAUCUUACCUCUGAGAAGCUGCCGACCGAUGCGCUUGAUGUGUUGGCUAGACGCAAGACAACCAUGUCUUUGAUUAUCCGCCGCCGUACUGGUUUCACCGAUUCGCUCUGGAAGAAAGCUGAGAAUGCACCUGAUGGCAGAUUCUUCACCAACGCCUUUGUCGAGGGUCCAUACGGGGCUGCCGAUUCUUACGAGUCUUAUGGUCAUGUCAUGCUGUUCGCCGCUGGUGUUGGUAUCACUCAUGCCGUACCGCACGCCCGUCAGCUUGUGGGUGGCUACGCCAACAAUACUUGCGCCACCCGCAAGGUCGUUCUUGUAUGGAUCCUUCAAAGCCCAGAGCAUCUUGAAUGGAUUCGUCCUUGGAUGACUGAAAUCUUGGCCAUGGAGAAGAGACGUGAUUGUCUUCGCAUUCUUCUCUUCGUCACUCGUCCCAAGAGCACCAAGGAAAUUCACUCCCCUAGCGCUUCGGUCCAGAUGUUCCCUGGCAAGCCUGACGUGGGUGCUCUGAUUUCUGCAGAGCAAGCCAAACAGGUUGGCGCCAUGGCCGUCAGUGUCUGUGGUACUGGGNGUUUGGGUGACGACGUUAGACGUGCCGUCAGAGAACGCUGUGAGAAGACGACGAUUGAUUUCUACGAGGAAAGCUUCACCUGG